CACUAUAAUUAUGAAUUAUUACCUUAAACCAACAUUAAUUUUAGCCCUUUGGGCUACUACUUUUGUCAUACUUUCUCUUCCAACUCCCUCACUACAACAACAAUCUUCUUCAUUUGAACAAUCUUCAUCAAAUCGAACAAGUUCAUCUUCAUCAUUUGAUCAAAAUGGCUCAUCAUUUGAACAAUGGUCGUCCAAUCGAAGUAGUUCUUCAUCAUUCAAUCAAACUACAACGUUUCAAAAAUCAUCACCAGGAGGUGUAAGGCUUCAGAAUGCAUUCACUGCUCUGCAAGCAUGGAAGAAAACUUUCACCUCUGACCCUUUCGGGUUUACCUCGAAUUGGGUAGGCAACAAUGUGUGCAGCUACCAAGGUGUAUUCUGUGCACCAGCACCCGACAAUGGUAAUGUUAUCACUGUUGCAGGAAUCGAUCUUAACCACGCCACAAUCUCAGGUUCAUUACCUGAUAGACUCGACCUUUUACCUGACCUCGCGCUCCUUCACCUCAGCUCAAACAAAUUUUCCGGUAAUAUCCCUUCCUUCCUUUCGCGGUGCAAGCUUCUCUUUGAGCUUGAUUUAAGUAACAACUUGUUCCGUGGCCCUUUUCCUUCUGUUUUCCUAAAUCUUCCAUCUCUCAAAUUCCUCGACAUUCGUUACAAUCAGUUCGAGGGUGUAAUCCCUCCUCAACUCUUCAACUUAAAACUUGAUGCUCUUUUUUUGAACAACAACCAAUUCUCCUCACCCCUUCCUAGCACCAUUGGAAACUCCCCUGUUUCCGUGCUCGUUGUGGCUAACAACAACCUUAAAGGGUGUUUCCCAUCAGAAAUUUCCAAAAUGGGAAGAACCCUCGACGAAGUUAUUCUCAUGAACAUAGGGCUAAAAGGUUGUUUACCUACAAGUAUUGGGGGGUUGAACCAAGCAACCGUUUUCGACGUAAGCUCUAACGAUCUAACAGGCACAUUACCUGAAAGUAUGGGAAGGAUGCAGAGCUUAGAGCAGCUUAAUGUUGCAAAUAAUAAAUUUUAUGGGGAAAUUCCAAACAGCAUUUGUGAUUUGCCUAAGUUGGAAAACUUCACUUAUGCUAAUAAUUACAUUACUAAAGAACCGAUUCAGUGCUUAAUGAUUAUGGAUAAAAAUGAUGAGAAUAAUUGUCUAGAUUUUUGGUUGUCACAAAAAUCUUCUACAGAGUGUAAGGCCUUCUUAUCCCACCCUCCAAGUUGCAAAUGUGUAGGAAGUCCCCCACCGCGGCCACCACCUCUGCCGCGACCAUCACCACCUCCUACAAAAUACAAUGCUCCAAAAGUGCCGGUGCCUCCACGUCGAGCGCCCCCACCUCCGUCAAAAAAUUAUGCUCCAUAUGUACCCGUACCUCCUCGACGACCACCACCACCACCACCUGCGCCUAAAUAUACUCCUCCACAUGUGUAACCACUAAAUUUUGUGCAUGUGUAAUUACUACUGGUCCUGCAACCUAGCUUCAGCAUGGUAGAUGCGAAAAAUUCGGUUUAAAAUUUUUAUUAUUAUCAUUUGUUUUCAAAUUUGUAUUGUUUUGUUAUGGAAGAGAAAUGUGUUGAAUUAAAUUGACCUUGACCAAAUAGAAUAUUAGUGAGCAUAUGUAAUAAAAUGAAAGUCAAUGUGCCAAUAUUAAUGUUAUUUAUUAGCAAUACUUCUUUGGGCCAUGUAAUUGUAUUAUUUUCAUGUGUUGUUAUAUUUAAUA